AGAUUCUGACAUCAUUAGAAACUUGGCUGAGCCAAAGACAUACAGAUGGCUGAAAGUGGUGAACAAGAAAGAAUAAAGUGGACAACGACUGUUAUUAUUAGUUCAUCUCUUAAGAAUUAUGAAAUUGCAGCUGCUCUGGAAAAUCAAAGCCAUAAAGUUCGAUAUUCAGAUUCAGUGGAAAAUGGAUCAAUUAUAUUUUCUGUUUCUGGAGUUGCAUUUUUAUUGAUGGAUGCUAAAGAAUGCAUUAUGUCAGCCAAAGAACUAUUUGUAACCAAAAUUGAGAAGUUUCUUAAUAUUCACCAAAAUAGUUUUUUGGUUCUGUUUGCUGCUCUUUAUGGGCAUGAAGAAUGGAAACUGAUAUUCAGGAUUCAGCAAAGAUUCCUGGGGAGUAAAUUACGGAUACUUCCAGUACACAACACAGCAAAUGCUGUCAAUCUUAUGUGCACUAUAGCUAAGACUACCUCUAAACCAUAUAUGGAUAGCAUCUGCUACAGAAUGAUAACAACUAAAGCUUAUAUUAUAGAACAAAGUCCUGUUUGGAAAACACUUCAAAAGAUAAAGCUGAUUGGUGGUUCAAUUAAUCCAAAUUAGAGAACUAGUUACAAAUUUUCUUUUGGAAGAACAGAAAAAUAAUCAGACUUGUUAAGUUAUAAUAUUUACUUUAAAGAUGUUUAUAUUAACUUAAAAUAACAUGGAUUCAAUU